GAGAGUGAAAUACUUAAUGAGAAACAGCCAAUUGAUCUUCAAGAAGCUAGUGUUGAACUUAAGCCAGAAAAUGGGACAGCACAGGACGAAGCCACAGAGUCUCAACAUGAAGACGAGGCUCCAAAAGAAUCUCAGCAUGAAAGUGAUGGAAUAAAAGAAAAUGACACAGAGCCUCGACAUGAAAAUGAGGUUGCUGAAGCUGAUGUAAAAGAACCUGAGGAAGCUGUUGAUGAAAGUGUGGCUGUGAAUGAAAAAGCUGAGUCUGAUAAACAUAGUGAAACUGAGGAGGAGAAUGAGAGUGAUGGCGACUCGGAGUCUGAUAGCGAUGAGUAUACAACAGGAGAAUCUGGGUCAUCAGAGUCUCAUAGCGAUGGCAGUGAAAGUGAAGGGGAGGUCAGUGAAUCUCAAGUGAGAACUUGCCAUGGGAAUUUUGCCCAAAACACCUACAACCGUGGUCAAAACUCUCGGGACACUAACUUAAUGAUGCAUUUUCCCAACCCCUCCUCCCAUCGCAGUGUUGACGUUAUGCAUUCAAGUACUUUUUCAACAUGAUCGACAUUGCUUGGGGCAAUGUAGAAAUGGUCUCUUACAACAACAUUUCCAAGCUUUUAUAAGAAGUAGAAUACAAGUUAAUUUAGCAAAGUGUGUCUUUGUGUGUCAGCCUUAUUGCCUCAAGUGUUCCAAGAUGUUUUGACCAGGGUUGUGUUUGUUACAGGUCAAAAUUAAGUGAUCCAUCUACCUGCAUGUCCCACAUUAAAUUUCCUAAAAGAUGUACCAAUCAUGCCUUGUAUGCAUCCAUUUGGAUGCACAAACGUUUUCUCUGUCCACUGUAAGAAGGAUCCAUCAUAUGUAUUCUUCUUUCAUCUUACAAAUUAAUGUAGGACUCAUACAUGUAUUCUUUGGCCUCUGAUUUAUUGUUUUAUAGCUGUGCGAGUCCCAGCAUUCACUAUUAUAGCUGUGUUCUAGAUGGAUCAUUUUUUAUUUUUUGUCUUCAUUAAAUCAGGAAAGCGAAGAAGAGGGGGAAGAUAUUGAUCAAGAAGAAGAUGUUGUCGUAGAAGAAGACGAAGUAGAAGAAGACAAAACUGAGGAAGAAAAACAGGAAAAUGAAUCGGUGGAAGAAGAGAGAAAAAAACACUCAAAAGAACAAGAAGACAAACAGGUGAUUGGAUCAAUUGAUAAUUUAACUGUAAAGCUAAGGACAAAGAACGCAUAUUUUGUUCCAUGGCUGGUCUCCUUUUUGCCACAUUGCUGGAGGACAGGUAAAAUCACAUUUGUAGCUGCGCUUAAAUGGGAAAUGUGAUACAUGUAGCAAAAAAUAUAAUAUACUAAAGAGCUAAUAAUCUGACAGAAAUAGUACAAUUUUACUCGCAGGAUCCAGUUAUCUGGGUGAAAGGGGGAAGUUUUAAGUCAAGGUUUUCUUGUCUAGAAACAGGUAACCGGAGAAUGUAAUAUAAUAAUUAUAAACUUUACUCUGAGGUCCAAACAAGAAACAAUCUGUACAAAGGUAAAUACUACUGUCAAUAAUUUGUUGUGGCUCAAAAUUUUAACCCUGGAUUAGCCUUUCAUGAAGCAGGCCCUGAUUGCUGAAGGAUCUAAAUGAAACACACUAAAUCAACUUAACAGGUUGUUUUUCUAGCCCAGGGGGAUGUUUCUCAAAACUCCUGGUAAUUCUUGUUACUGGACCUUGAAGGAUGUUUUAUGUUUGCCAUGUUUCAAGAAUUGGUUAACAGUAGAUAAUAACACAGAACUUCUAAAAAUGUUUUUCUUGUGCAUUUGGUUGUCCUUAUGUCAAAAUGAUGUCAAACAAUUUUCUGUAUUUUACUAAGGACCUAAAUUUUACAACUUGUUGAAAAAUGAGAUCAUCAAUUCAUCCUCACCUGUCUCCUGUAAAAAAAAAGCACAUGUAAGGCGUCUUUAAUUUUUUUGUAUUAUUAUUUUGUAAUACAUUUUCCUUUUGAUCUUGUAAUAUUGUAUCCAUCAAAGAGCCAUGUUUAUGUCAAAUGGCAAACAUCAGAUUAAAAAUGAGAAUUUCUCAGAAUAGAAAAUAAGCAGAUAAAAACUGUACAGACAAAUUAUUCUUCUUGAUAAAACUGGCCUGAAACGAUUUAUUUUUGAGUGGAAGUAAUAAGCAGUAAACAACAAUAAUUAAGGGCCUGUUUACAUGGUAGUGGGGGACCCCAGAUAGGCAAGGUAUCAUGCGGCGGGUCACCCCACCUAUCACGUAAACGUCAUCAAUAAUAAUAAUAUUUAUUUAAUAAUAUUUAUUGAUUUGUAUUGCGCAAAUAUCAAUCCAGGGAAAGAAAUUUUCAUCUGCGCAUAACAUUGACUCAACAAAAUCCUAAAAUCCUGAUACAUAUUCCAAAAACAAAAUUUACAGAUCGUUCCUAAAAAUUUGUAAAAAUAACAAUUUAAAAAUAAAAAUUAAUCUUUAAUAUCCUAUAUACAAAUCCUUCUUAAUAAAGAGAAUAAAAACAAUAAAUUAGCUGGGAAACGCCUUCUGAAAUAAAUGAGUUUUAAGAGCCUUCUUGAAAGCAUUAACUGAAGAUAUAUUUCUAAUAAAAAGGGGAAGAUCGUUCCAUAAUUUAGGGGCAGCCAUAUAAAAAGAUCGAUCACCAAGCGUGGAAAGAGACUUGCGUGGUGGAAUGUUAAGAAGUUUGCCGUUAUUUGAUCUAAGAUAGUACCUACCCCCUGUGUCUUUCGGUGAUACAAGUUCGGAAAUGUAAGUCGGAGCAAGUUUAUGAAUGGCCUUAAAAGUUAACAAUAAAAUUUUAAAAACAAUUCGAUAUGCUACGGGUAACCAGUGUAGGGCUCUGAGCAAUGGUGUAAUAUGACAAAAAAAUUAAAAUGGGAGAUUAUAUGGACAGGCGGGUUAUCCCACCUAAGCGGGUUACCUCACCUACCUGGGGUCCCUCACCUCCAUGGAAGCAGGCACUAAAGGAAAACUUGGUCAUUGAACAUGAUUCUUAAUCUCUCUAAUUUGAAUAAUGAUUAAUUAUAAUAAUUAGUAAUCAGUUAUAAUUAUUAUAUCUACAAUUAUUAUAAUAAAUGAGUUUAUUAUAAUAAUUAUAAGUAAGGAGGCCUAACGAACAUUAUACUUUAGUUUCCUUUAGGCCUACUUUUUUUCUUUGUUAUGAUAGUGUUAUCUGUGGUGUGGCAAAUAAACAAAUAGAAUAAUAAAUAUGUAAUAAACAUUGAUAUUGUAAGGAGAAAUAAGAUACUGGCCACUAUUAAAGGUUAAAGAGUUGAUUCUUGUAUGGCAACAGAAGGUGAGAAAUUGACAACAGUUACAUUGUAUUUAACAGAAGUUUUAUUAUACAUGUAUUUUUGCAGGUGAUUGAAGAAGAAGAAAGCAACCCAGCUUUCAUUCCACGAAGAGAUGCUUUCUGGGGCCAUGAUGAUAGAUGGUCGGACAUGCCGGAUGAGGACAGGUACAAAAUGACAUAGCAGUUUGGUGGAGUCAGUGUGUGUAAAAUGAAUACAGUCAACUCUCUCUUAACACACACCUCUAAUCUAUAAGACUGACACCUAUGGUGCCUACCCUUUGAGAGAAAAAUCCGGGUGGGGUGUCAAAAGCAUAAUGGUAAGCAAUUUACCAAUUGACCACAGAAUUGCCACAUCCGUUACGGUUUGAAUCCAAAAAACCUGGAUGAAUUUGUGUAGCAUGAGUCUGGAACCGAGAAGGAACCAAGACAUUGGUAAGUGGUGAGCAACGUUCCAAUUGGUUCGUACCAACCGGAAUAAACAGACUACCUCAAAACAUUCUCCCCAAUUUUCAGUUAGAAUUUCCAAAAAGUGACCUUACCAUUUACCUUUCAUCUGGAAUUUCCGAAAUUUUCUGAAAAAUGAAGUUAAUCCCUGCCUUUCUUUACUCCCUUUCUUUGACCCUCUUGAAAACAGACAUUACUCUUAGAUGGACACUUACAUGUGGUGCCAGUAGCUGAGGUGUCCAUCUUAGAGAGAGUUGACUCUUAUUGCAGACUUGCAGGCUUUGUUAAGACAGAAGAGUGUCCUGCAUUGUUACAGUCAAGCCAGGUCUAGCAUAUUCUCUAAGAUUUAAUAAAUAUUAAUUAAUGGUAAUAGGACUGAGUGGAGUCCAAUUUGGUCUGUAAUCAUAUGAGUGGUCAACAAAAUCGGACGACGGCAAAGCUACGUGUACUGUAUUUAAGACUGGGUUUGAAACUGUUUAUUUUUGUGUCCUUAUUGGUGUGGUCAGGAGAAAGCCAACAACUCGUCAGUUAUGGGAUAAAACAUCAGACAGAUGGGAACAUGACAUGUACAGAGAAGACGAGCAAGGACCAAAAACAAAAGAAGAGCUUGAGGUUAGAAGUUCUAAGAGUAUUAGAAAUGGUAACAGGACUGAGUGGAGUCCAAAUCGGUCUGUAAUCAUACGAGUGAUUAACAAAAUCUCGGGAGUCUGAUUUGUUUAAUUACGAGUAUGAUUAAAACCCGAAUUGGAUGACACGAAGUUCUGUUACCAAUUAAUCACAACUUAAGCAAAAUUUGUGAUAAUUAUUAUAAUAGGCUAUUUUUAAAAUCAAAACACAAGAAAUUCGAAAUUUUGUUUUGCUAGCAGUGAAAAGAAAGCCAUUUAAGCAUACGCAUGAUGGCGCGUACUGUCCAAAUAAACUGUCCAAUUAAGGCUGAAAUCAGAUUUGACAAUUUUGUUAUAGUUAUGAUUAUUAUAAAAAAAUAUAUUAAUAAUAACUGGUAUUAAUUAUUGGAUGCCACUUUAGUAUAAUAUAAAGCAGCCUGAGCUUGAGCAGCUUGAGGCAGAUGUUGUUCAUUCAAAAUAUUUCCAACCUCGAGACAUCUUUGCUCAAUUUAUGUAAACAGGGCUUGUUUGAGUCAUGGAAAACCUGGAAGGGCAUGAAACGUAAAAAAUUUCAUUUUCUAGGCCAGGAAAGUCAUGGAAUUUAAUAACUUUUAAUUUUGGUCUCGGAAAUCAUGGAAAAUUAAAGUUGUGUUUGGUAGAUUAGUUACAGCAUAUUGUAAGACAGAUAUCAGUAAGUAAACAGUGCAAAUGGUGCACAUUUUGGAGGUUACCAGAGUUUGUGUCUGUUGAGCUGAGUUGGGUCAAAAAAUAACCUUAAACAAGGAAAGUUAUGAAAAUUUUCAAAAGUGACAGCUAUUAACCUAAGGUCAUGGAAAUUCAUGGAAUUUGAAGAGCUCUAAAGAGUAUGAAACCUGGUAAAUUUUGCUUCUUUAUAACAUUUGCCAGUCGCUAGUACCACCUAGAAGUGGUCCUUGCAGAGUUGAUCUUUGUAAAGUUAAAAAAUAAGAAAUCAGUAGUUUCUCUAGCAACGGAACCUUUGUGGCUUGCCGGGUGUUGGGAAAGGAAUCACUAAAAACAUGGGUUCCCUUCCACGGAUAGAAGUCAGUGGGUGAAGGAGUAUAGGGUGUGUGUGUGGGGGAAUGUUGUGAGUAAAAAUGAGCAAAAAAUAUGUGAGGAUUAUGGUUAAGCAAAGUAACUGGGGAACCAACAAACAGCAAGGCAGUUAAGCCUGCAGUGGAGGGAAAUCCAUGUAUUUGGUGAUCCCUUUCCCAACACAUGGCAAGCCACAAGGGUUGCUAGAGAAACUACUGAUUUCUCAUUAUUUCACUUUACAAAGAUCCUUGCCUUUCUUCAAUCAGACUCUUCAUAAGGUUGACACCUUUAUGUCUCUCUCACAAGUGUUAUUGUAAUUUAUUGAAUGAUAGUAACAACCAUUUUUUAUUCUAGGCGACUUCUCGUUGGCUUGAAAGGGGAGGCGGCCGACGUGGGAGGAGAAGAUAUGACUUGCAGGAAUUUGUCAGAGGAGGAGGCCGGGGAGGCAGGGGAGGGGAGCAGAGAAGAAAUCGAAUGAGAAUGGAUGAUGACGAAUUCCAGGAAAAUGAACGAAAUAAAGAAAACAGAGCUCCAGAGCAAAGACUGAGAAAUGAUGAACGAGAGCAGAGAAGGAGAAGACAAACCCCAGGGGAUUCAGAGGAAGGAAGUGAUACCAGGAGAAGGGGGUUUGGUAGACCAGAAAGACAGCAGGACAGAGAAGGUGACGAGGGGGAAAGAUCCCGUGGGAGAAGGCAAUAUCAGGGGAGAAAUUGGGGUGACGAAGUAGAAGGGGCUGAUGAGGAAGUGCAAGAACGAAAUGAAAGAAAUCGUAGAAAUAGAAGGGGGUAUGAUAAUAGGGGGAAAGAAUAUGAAGAUGAUAGAAAGCAAGGUUACGACAGAAACAGGACUAACGACGGGAGAAGGCAUGAGCGUGCUAGAAGAAGGGAAGAUAACGACACAAGAAAUGAUUAUGGAAGAGGAGAUGAUAGGAGGUCAAGGGAUAGAAAUGAUGAGGAAAGAAAUGAUCAAAGAUAUGGAAGUGAUCCAAGUAGACGAUUUGGUGAAGGAAAGAGAAGCGACUGGCAAGACAGAAGACAGGGUAAAGAAGACAGAGGAGACCAAAACAGGAGAGGUACUGGAGGAUUUGGCAGUCCUGGAAAUGAAAGGUACAUUCAUUAUAAACAAAUAGAACUACAGUAAAGACCCACAUGUAAGAACAAAUGGAUUGAGAACACCAGACUGAAAUUUGGCCAAUAAAGCCCCAUUUUUAUAAGAACAAGAUCAGCCUGAAAAUUGUAAUGUGUUCUUAUAAAAUGGAAAAAGUGUCAUAAUUACAAAACAUGUAAGUUUAUGUUUGCUGUCAGAUAACUUCAUUUGUUAAUAUAAUCAAAUUACAGAAUAAUUAUUUAUUUUAUUUUCCUAAAAUAUGCUAUAAGAACUCAAUCAGCCUGACUUCCGAAAUCAUGUGUUCUUAUAUGUGGGUGUUUACUGUAUUGUUAUUGAGGUGUUAACACUUUGUUGUACUCUUACAAUUACCCUUAAGUACAAUUAUUACAAUUACAAUUAAUUAAAACUUAAUUAUGUAGUGCAAUUUUCCAUGGUGCAUGAUCAAAAUGUUCGCUUUUUUGUACAUUUCUUUGCCAUCCCUGCACAACUACAACUUGAAAUGACCAAAUUUUUAGUUGACUUGAGAAUAGGAAUGACAAGGUGAUUAAUUUUACUAUCUGUCUCUGAACUCAGACACAGUCCCCUCUCUUCAGUUCCAACCUAAUUUCCCUACUUUCAAGUAGCUGGGUGACUUAGUAUAAUAGCAAAAAAAUUCAAAGAACAUGAAGUCUAUUUUUCAGCGACAUUUUCAUUGGUAUUACUGUGUCAGAUCGUAAGGUCCCUUGUAGCCAGGGGAAAUCCCGGGCCUCCAGCUCUUUGUGAUAGCCCUGUAAUAAUACUAUUCUUACUACAGGCAUGGGUGCUUAUCCCUAAAACAAUGUCACUUUUAGUAAAAAACAGCAUUGAUGUCAUCAAGACAGUCUAGCAAGUAUAGUAUAAGUGUAAAAGUUCUGAAAACCUUUCACAUGUAAGCCAGGAUUUCACUUAAGAGAGGCAAGGACAAGCCCAAGAAUAAUAGUGCUUAUAUCACUAUGAAAACAGGCCCAAGAAUCAAAUUUUUUUUAUUUUAUUGGGGGAGGGGGGGGGCCUACAUGCACUAAAACUUCUUGCCUGUGUUAUGUGUGCAAAAAUGGAAUGAAGCAGAAGUCCAAGGCACUGUAUUAAGCUUGGCCUAUAAAAUCAGCUGUUUCUGAAUUGCAUUCUCACUGUUUUGGCAUAAAGCAAGAUGGAGGUGUAGUGCACAUGUUGCAUGGCACUAAGAAAUGUAUCACAAGAAAUACAAUGGAAACAGUAUGGCAAAUCUGCAUGUUGAUGCUCUUGAAUAAGGAAUCUACACUCACCAAGGAUGGUAAAAUUUAGUCCACUUGCAAUAAUUUUAUGUUCCUAUAAUUUUAUUUCAACCGUGACGGAAUUACUGUAGUUCAGUGGGAAGAGCACUUGACUGUGGAGCUGUUCAAUUCUCAGGGCCAGUCCAAUACUCAGGGUCUUAAUAUAACUAGGAGAUGAAGGUAAUCUUUUCACACUUUAAGUAGCUAGACCUUUGCUUAGCAUGGAUGACUGAUGAUUAUUGUUAUUCUUGUAAAGAAAUGACACAAGGGAUUUAAGAGCAAGAAGAGGCCAAAAGGACGACAAUCAGGGCAGAGGUGAGGACCCUUCCCCUUCAAAUGAGAUUCAAACAAAAUCUUCACCCAGCAGUACAACCCACAGUUAUAGUAAACUCAGGGGGAGGGGAAGGGGCAGAGGCCAGGUUCAGGAGCUCAAGAAGCCAAGGAAGAAUGCCGCAGAUUUUACUCGGGAGCGAGAAGAAGCUCGGAAAAGGGAAGCACAGGAAAAGAAGAAACAGGAUGAAGAGGAGAACUUUGAGGGUGAGUGGAAUGUUUCCAUUAGCAUUUCUUUUCUUUUGACUAAAUUAUUGUGACAUAACAUUUAAACUGUUGCUUAUAAGUCCCAGGGCUUAUAUCCUAGGUAGCUUGUAACUGGAAAAGAAAAUUGUUAUAGCAGUGCUGAGCGAAAUAGUAUGUUUUUUAUUCAUUGUUUUGUUUUUUACACUUCAAAACUAGGUAUUUGUACAUCAUGGUUGCAUUUUUGUGAGUAUUUUAGUGAAGCAAAAGCAUUAUUAAGCAUUUUACUGGCAUUUUUCUUGGAUUUUUUCAGAGAAAGUAAAAAUGAGGGUUAAUUGUUCCCAGAAAAAUUUUCUUUUCAGAAAAAAAGGAAGACAAACUAGAAAAAACUUGAAAUUUAAAGUGCGGAGACUGGGGAAAAGUUCAUUUUUGCUGUUUAAAAUGCUAUAAUCUUGAUUAACUUGUUCUUUGUUUUUGUACUAUGUUUACCAUUUCAGUAGGGAUAGCACCCUGUUAAAACAUUACGAUUAAUAAUAAAGACUCUGUAUGACAAGCAUUAUUGGAGCAUUUUAGUGACUUUUUUGGGGCUGACUGAGCAUUUUNACCCACAGUUAUAGUAAACUCAGGGGGAGGGGAAGGGGCAGAGGCCAGGUUCAGGAGCUCAAGAAGCCAAGGAAGAAUGCCGCAGAUUUUACUCGGGAGCGAGAAGAAGCUCGGAAAAGGGAAGCACAGGAAAAGAAGAAACAGGAUGAAGAGGAGAACUUUGAGGGUGAGUGGAAUGUUUCCAUUAGCAUUUCUUUUCUUUUGACUAAAUUAUUGUGACAUAACAUUUAAACUGUUGCUUAUAAGUCCCAGGGCUUAUAUCCUAGGUAGCUUGUAACUGGAAAAGAAAAUUGUUAUAGCAGUGCUGAGCGAAAUAGUAUGUUUUUUAUUCAUUGUUUUGUUUUUUACACUUCAAAACUAGGUAUUUGUACAUCAUGGUUGCAUUUUUGUGAGUAUUUUAGUGAAGCAAAAGCAUUAUUAAGCAUUUUACUGGCAUUUUUCUUGGAUUUUUUCAGAGAAAGUAAAAAUGAGGGUUAAUUGUUCCCAGAAAAAUUUUCUUUUCAGAAAAAAAGGAAGACAAACUAGAAAAAACUUGAAAUUUAAAGUGCGGAGACUGGGGAAAAGUUCAUUUUUGCUGUUUAAAAUGCUAUAAUCUUGAUUAACUUGUUCUUUGUUUUUGUACUAUGUUUACCAUUUCAGUAGGGAUAGCACCCUGUUAAAACAUUACGAUUAAUAAUAAAGACUCUGUAUGACAAGCAUUAUUGGAGCAUUUUAGUGACUUUUUUGGGGCUGACUGAGCAUUUUACCGGGGAAAAUGGAGCAUUAAGUUGGUGCAUUUUAGUGGGGAAAUAAAAGUAUAAUGUACAAAAGCCCAAUCCAAACAUCAUCAUAAAUCAAAAUUUAAUUUGUUUUAAUACAAGCUUGAGAAGAGCUUAUAUUCAGUGGGGCUUGGGGGGCUGCAUUAUCCCCUAUCAAGCACUUGAUGGCUGCUCCAUAAAGGUGACAACAAUAGAAUAAUCUUGUUGGGAGGCACAAAAGGUGGCUUUGGUUGCUUUGUGGAGGUGGCUGUUUAAUAGAAGGUGGCCGCUGAAUGGAGGCUCAACUGAAAUCUAAAACUGUGACCAUUCAAAUGACAUGUAAAUUAAUAAACCUCAGCUACUUGACAGUGUGGUGUUGGAGCUGUCAUUUAUUUGUUGAUUAUUGCUGUAUUGUUUAUUAUAAACAAUUAUUGGAUGAAGUUUUUGUGAUAUCCGGAAUAAUCAAGGUCGAGAUGAGUGUUAUCAGCUGAGCUGAAGGUUAAUCUGUAGGUUGCACUGAUUUCCAAAAUUAGCGGUAGGCUCUUAGCCAAUGAGAAGACAGAUAGUGUGUACAGUGUAUAAUAAUUUCUAGUAUUCUUUGUAGAUGCUGAAGAGGCUGAUGGAGAAGUAGUAGAAGAAGAAGAAUACAGUGAAGAUGAGCAGAAUGAAGACUUGGCACAGCAGGAGGAGCAGCAAGAGGAAACAGAAGAAUAUCAUAUGGCAGAGGAGGUGAAAUUUUACAUUAGUUUCUCUCUAAGCCAUUCAAUUAUUUCUCCAUCCAUGCAUUUAUCACUACUAGGAGUAUGUAUGUGAAACACCAUGUGAAAAACAUGUGAAAAAUGUCCUAUUUUCACACUCUUUUCACACAUUUUUCACACGUUUUUCACACACUUUUCACAUGCAUUUCACACACAUAUUUCACGCGCAUGUGAAAUUUUGCAUAGUGAAAUAUAUGUGAAAAGGGUGUGAAGCGACGUCAUCCCUUUCACACAUAUUUUCACAUACACUUCACAUGGGGUUUCACACAGGCUUUCACAUGUAAAUCCUCAUUUAAAUUCACACAUAUUUUCAUACACUUCACAUGGGGUUUCACAUGGGCUUUCACAUGUACUUAAUCCUCAAUGAAUGGCAAAACAUCUAGAACUUCACAUGCUACUAAUUCACACAUUAUUUUCACAUACACGUCACACAGGGUUUCACGUGAGCUUUCACAUGUAAAUCCUCAGAGAUCGGAGAUCAUGAAUGGCAAUAGAAUUUUACUACCCUGGGAGCAGAGGUUUGUUUACACGUAAACAAACCAACUGCGCGACAGACAAGCCACCCAAACGACUUCGUAAACGCUAAAAGCCAUGCAAGAGAGAAAACUCUGCUUGCAGGGUAGAAUUUCCCAUACCACUUCACACAAAUUGGGUAUGUUGUUUCACAAGCAAAUAUUCAGUAAAUCAACUAGCUUAUAAAGAUCAAUUUACUCACAAAUUUACAUUUGCACUUUCCGAUUGCAAUAAAUUUGUCUGAAGUACUGUCAACUGCAUGCAUGGUUGUGUUUCCAUAUAGUCACAAACAACUUCAGGUUUAUAGCCUGAUCUGUUGGUUUAUUUAUAAUUUUAUGGUAUUUUCAGAAGAACUUGAUUUAUAUAAAACUGGCAAAAAGUGAAAAGCAAACUGGAUAGAAUUGAUUGGCAAAGGAAAUUGGUUUCAUAUUAUCAACACAGUGAAACUCAGUUCAACUGACUCACAUGUCCUAAAAUGAACUUAAAUGUAAAUUUAAGUUACUCAAAAAAGGCACAUAAGGCUACUGGAAACAUCAAUGUCUAAUCCUGUUUAUUUGUCAAUAUUUAUUGCCUGGAGGAUAAUAAUAAAAACAAAACUUUCUAUCAUGCUCAGUUUUUAUACCUUUAAUUCCUACAUCAAUAAAAUAACUAAUAAUAUACUAAUUUUUGGUUAGAAAUAUUUCUUAUAAAUUGUAAUAAUUAUGAUAGUAAAUGACAUAGUGGCCAAUUUACAAUUUCCACUUAUUAAGGAAUACCAAGUUACAGAAAAGCAAUCUAGCACUCAAUGUCAGUGAAAAGACAAAGUAAAUAAACAACUUUGAAAAAUACAAGCAUGUUUAUGGAAAAAAAUAAUGCUAACUGACUGCUUCUUUCAAAGUGGCUGAACAGCUUUCUGAACUGAAGGUCCACACAUCAGACUAGAUAGAGCUGCCUUUUAUUUUUGACUUUAUUGCAGAUGUACGAAUAUUAUGAAUCGAAGCUCAAAUAAACAAACCUACUCAAAUUUUAUAGGUUUAGUUUAACUCUCAAGCCAUUAUAAAUUAACUGGAAACUUAAUUGCUUCCAACUUGUAGUAUACAUUGCAUGCAUAUCGGAAACUUAUGCUAUUUCUUCUCCUAUUUUAUUUAACAUUGGUCUUGACAAGUCUGCCACAGCCUACUAGCGUCAGAACAUAAAAUUUUCAGAGUAUUCCAUCGACGAUUUGCAACAAAGAUUACAGUUUUUUCUGCAGUAAACGAAAAGGAAUCAAUCAAUGGCAUAUCUGUGCAUGCAUCUUAAAUUAAGAUGUAUCUUUGAAGGUUUAAGCUUACGCAAAGUUAUUGGAAAGCCAAAGUAAGCUCUUGUUAACGAACCACGAUAUCAAGAAGAACAUACCUUUCUGCAAUAAUCCAGCUGAGUUGCUGACUUGGAAACAUGCUUUUUGUGAAGAAUUUUGCAAUUAAUCACUAUCUCUCGAAAAUAACAUGGGUAUUAUUGAAAGACAGUCUUUCUAUCUAUCCGAAAGUAACGAAAAUAUUCCGUUUGCAUCGCUGUGUUGCUUGUGAAGUCCGCGUGAAUUUGAACUAUUCAACGGAACUUCAUUUUACAAUUUUCUAUUGGUUGAAAAGCCGCACGUGACAUUGUAAAUCAAAUCGCGCAUGUGCUAAAAUCACGGGGAAGCCUGGGAAACAACAAACAUGGCGGCUAAUUGCGAUGGAGAAAGUGCACUCGUUUGAGUCGAAAAAGCGGUUAUUUUCAGCAUUGAUUAGAAUAUUCCAGUGCAUUUGAAGUGUUAGAAGGAAGAGAAAAACUUAACAUUGUUCCUUCGAGUUGGGAAACCGUUGAGAAUUUAAGGAAAUGCUGGCCUUCACUACAUGAAUCUAAUACGUGUUGUGGACGUUGUUCAUGUUGGAUAAGCUCAGGUACGGAAAGCUGAUUGAACCAAAGACAACUUGAGUAAACCAAGAGCAUGCCAGUUGUUUGCUUUAAGGAAUCAUUAGUUGAACGAACGGUAUCAAAAGAAAACUCAAAAGGCAUGCAAAGCAAGGAACUGUUCUCAUGUUCAAGUGGACUUUCAACGUUACAACGAGGAACGUUACAGUAAGAAACAAAACAUUCAUUAACAUUCAUAAAGUGUAGUUACAUAUGUCGUAUAUGUUAGCAAAGUAAGUUUUCUGAUGGAGUAGUAAAAUUAAGUCCGUUUUGUCCUCAAUGAAGAUCUGUUAAAAGAAUGGUUUAAUUCUCAGGAUUUAGCCCUCCCCACUUAACAAAAAUCAUGGUACACAUCUUUCUGGGUGGAAACUCAAGUGGUAAGAUACACAACCCACAAAUUUAGAUGAGACAGUUGAUAAAAUACAUAAAUAUAUAUAGCAUAUUCUAGCAAACAAUGAAGACAAUGAUAUUUGUAAAGAUGCACAUGUGGAUUGGAUACUCGAAAGGUUUUAAUCAAGCCAAAUAUAAUGAAGAAUGUACAGUGUAUUCAGGGGUUUCAAAAUGUUUUGAAGUAGGCGCCAACUCUGGAAAAGCAGGCGGCUGUGACAAUCGAGAUUGUUUGUCACAAGCUAAUUGUUAUGACCAGCGCAGCCAGCGAUAUACAGUUGAGUAGCCGGCAGAACUCUAGUCUCCGGCUUGUUUUGAAACCCCUGUGUAUUUAAUAAUAAUUAAUACAGUUAUUGACUGAGAGAUCUGGUUGCAAGCUAGUUCAUGAAAAGAGCUUUGAACGUUAAUUCCAGUCCGCUGCUUUACAAGAGGGCCCUUCUGGGGCUUGGCACUUUGGUAUAUUGGGGUUCGCCUUUAAUGGUGAUGAUGAUGAUGAUUUGUAACAGCACGUUUGUUGUGAUCACUUGCCUUAAAGGUCUGACGCAUUAAAGUAUAGUGUAUUUUCUAGGUUAGUAACUUAUCAAAUCUUAUUCUUCAAAAAUUCAUGACCCUCAUAGUCAACUUAGUUUGAUAUUUUUCAGCUAUGAGCCAUAGAAUGCUAGAUGUGGCAUGGCAUGAAAUUUAAUUUUGCAGUUUUUAUGAGCCAUGAAAUGCCUUUCAUGGGGUAUUCACUAGAAAUUCAUUGGUUGCAUUUAACAAGCCCUGAAAAAAAAUUCACAUGCUCACUCUGACAUGCCUAAAAGUGUUGACAUGCAUGUGAAAAAUUUCACAUGCAUAGCAUCUAUUUGCAUGUGAAAUUUGAAGUUCACAUGCAUGACAAAAUUGUUUCACAUGUAUGAAAAGAUUUCACAUGUAAUAAAGUGCAUGGAAAAAAAGUUCACACAUAUGACAGAAAUUUUUCACAUGUAUUACAAAAUUUCACAUACGUAUCAAAAAGUUCACAUGCAUGUGAAAUGCUGAUGUGGUGAACUUGUAUUUUUUCCAACAUUGAUUUCACAUGGUUCCUUUUUUUCACACACUUUUCACACCCUUUUCACACGAUUUUCACACACAUAGCCCUAGUAGUGUAUGUCUCCACGCAUUUGUCUGUCCGUCGGUCCUUCCGUCUCUCUAUCCAUCAUCUGUCCCAUCCAUCCCUUCCCAUCCAUCCAUUCAGCCAUACCUUACAUCCCAUUAAUGACUGUGUUUGUCUGUACAACCAUCUCUCCAUCAUCUACCUCUCAAGGCUGUGCUCUAAGAGCAAAUUAAUAUAUUAGGGAACCCUUAAGCCCUGAGCUUGUGAAAUGAAGUGUGCCCAACAUUAUACAUUAAUUUGUUGGAAAACCUAAGGGUUUGUGAUUGUCCAUAGGCAAAUGUUAGCCGCCAGAGCUCAUACAUGAUAAUCAUCUAGCCUGCAUAGCAGACGCUUGACAGUAAUAUGCAAGAAAGAACAGGACAUGCACAGAGACACACAAGGGCAGAGGGAGCGCCUGCUUGAUUAGCCCAUGAGUGCCUCUCUUCUCAUGUACCUUGUAAUUUAAUCUUGAAAAACUAAGACAAGCCGUCCCAAUUUUUGGCACUUAAUUAUGGAAUUAGAUACCAGGUAGAAUGAGAGACAUUAUGUCAAAAAAAAUCGUUUAAACAAAAUUAGUUAAUCAGUGUGCUCUAACUUUGAAAUAAUUAUUAAAAGACAAACAUGAUUACCUUGAUGCAACCAUGAUAACACGAGAAAUAAAAUCGCGAAACCCUAAACCUUAGCUUCUUCACAACUGGCAGUAAACAGAUUUUUCUUUCUAGCUCUUGACAUUAUUGUAAAUAUUCUUUCUUUUCUUUCCUCUUCGUCUUUUACAUAAUAUAUUUUCAGGUGAUAUCUGUUUGUAAUAGCAUUAAUUUUGCAUGCCACGACUAGCAUAAUUUUUGGCCAACCAUGUGUUAGGAAAUUGUAAGCAAUAAUAUAUAGAUUUAGCCAGGGCUAAAAGCGAAGCUCCUAUUAACUCGAAAUUAUAAUUUAAAUCGAACAAUAAACUUGCAAUUGUAUUCCACAAAUCAGUUAACUUUAGAGCACAUUCAUGUGACUUUUGAGGGAAAGGCUAAGUUAUUUAAGAGAAAAAUAAUUUGCAAACAGUCCAAGCUAAGAGUGAACAUGACCUUAGAUCGAGCUGAUAGCCUCUACAUACGUACACCCAAAAAAUAGCAAUCAUCUUCGAUCACAUUUAAGAGCCAUAAUGGCUCUUGAUCACAGUAGAUUAGGCCUGGAAAACAAAUUCUUGGAAAACAAAUCAGGCCGAAUUUUUUGCGUUCGACAAGUUUAUAAUUUACUUUACAAAAUCUUGCCAACAAGUCUGGGGACGUGUAAACCAACCUUUUAUACUUUUUAUACAUCACAUCUGAGGUGAAACAGUACCAUGAGGCGCUGUUUCUAUCAUACAGACCUCGGAAAGAAUGCAGUAUUUCACAAUUUUGCAAUACAAAUUGCACUCACUCAAGAUUCAGGACGGUCGAAGCACGCGUGUGCUUUUACCGGAACCGUUAAAAAAAUUUCCAAAAUCACCUACAUAUACGGCUAGCCGGUUCUCACUUUUGACAAGCGCCAAAGUCGACUGAUUAAAUCAAGAUUAAUAGAGUUAUACGCUUCAACAUGAAAAAGAAUUUAUUAUGUUUAUUUUUUGUUUAAUGGUUUUAUAACGAUGUGUAAUCUUCUUCCUUUGAUACGCGCGGCAUUUUGAGUACUCCUGCAACCGAUGUUCAUGAGCGACUGAAAACAAACGGCACAGCGAUUGAAAUUGCAAAAGAGACCACUAAUAAUCAAUAAAAGGAAAAUAAUUCGGUGAAACAUAUACAGAGACAACAAUUUUCAUUCACGAAGACAAGUAUUAAAGUGUCUCUGAAAAUCCUUGUUUAUGUUUUAAGCCGGCUUCCCGGUGUUUGCUUUUUUCAAAGAUGAACUCGAGGCAAGAAAAUUGCUCAAAGCUUUCUUUUACAGCCAGAAUUAUAGCUAGAUAUUCUUUGAAACGUUUUCUUUCUGUUUGCGGUGAGAAAAUGUCUAAAGGCUUUUUAAAGUUCUAUUAGCUUAUAAUCAAACCUGAUACUCGGUCAGAUCAUUGUCUCAAAUCUUACAAACGUGCAUAAACUAAGUAGCCGCAUAAACUACGCCCGACUUCAUUAAAUUAGAUAUAAAAAACAAACACCAAAUACAAUAAUUACUCAGGCUUACCAUUCGAGAUGCACUGAAAACUAUCAAGUAAGGCCAGAAUCGCUUCAGACUUUUCAACCCUCUUACGCAUCAAGCAAGGUGAAAAACGAAAACGAUGCCAUCCGAAAUCAGAUUUCCGACUUUGACAAGCGACGUAUUUCUCAACCAAAACCCCAAUAAACAAACUAGCUGUGAAUAACAGAAGACUCUUGAAGCUUCUUGAUAGCAGCAGAAUUUCAUUUUGUACAUCCAGUGGAAAAAGAAAAUUAAAAACGUCACAAGCUGACACAAAACUCUGUCAGCUUCAACUCUCAAAGUAAACAAGUUUCAAGAUGCUGCAUAAAUUUUCCGCAUGAACUCACCUGUCAAAUUUUGACCAAUCAGAGCAUAAAAAUUGGACGUAGAGCGUGACCAACGCGUGACCUUGGUGAGAAAAGUCAAAAGCAACUGGCAUGUCUUCCCUGCCUGUAAAAACUGGCUGAAUUUUAGCUUCCGAGGUCAGUUUGAAAUCAAAAUUUUAAUUGUGCGGCACAUAUAAAACACAACAUAUUUAAUACCAAUUAAAAAAAAUUUAACUUGAGCCUGCAAUCAUUUGAAAACUAGUAACUUGUCAGCGGAUAAUUUCAAAAAGAUACUCGACCUCGACGGGUCGACACCUGAGCCCGCGAUAUGGUCAGGUGAUACUGGUCAGCGGAUACCCUGUUUUGACAGCUGUCAAUUGAUCACAACAUUGAUGUACAAUGUGUGUGCAAUAUCAGUCUUCCUGUGCUUCCAAACUAGCUAGAGUGACAUUGGUUGCCCUGGGGUGCGGACGGACGGGCGGGCGGGCGGGCGGUGUACGGUCACGUGAUUACCAAAUUUUCUGGGAUGGGUAGAUUUACUUACUCAUGGUGCUCUGCAGGCGCGCUUCGCGCGCCAGAGCUCCGCUAUUAUUAAGAUAAUAAAUGUCUUGUCUUGUCUUGUCUCUCACACACCCUGUUCUUUCUUGCGGCCAUUACUUCCGUCCAAACCCCUGUCUUGCAGGCUACUAGCCAUCCUACUCCUUCGCCUUACUUGCUUGCAUCACCCUUUCACUUUUGGAGUAAGAAGUUCAAUCAAAACUUAAAAAUUAAUUAAAUGUAUUUAAAAACUCAUGCAUCAAAAUAAUACCUCACAAAAGUACGUCUGAGGUGGUUUCAUUAAUUCCUAAAACUGGUUACACCAUGGAAUUUAGUCCCUGACUCAUAACUGACUAGCUGAUUAAAAAUAUUUUAUUAGUUACAAUUUUAUCUCCCAUUUAUUGGUAAUAGUUUAAUACAUGUAUAAAUGCUACCACAAUAUUUAUGGUUAUGCUACAGUGUAUGUUGUAUUAUUUUAUGUAUUAUAGGUAAUUGAAGAAGAGACAUCUGUUGGACAAGCUGUGCAGGCUGGUUAGUUGAAUUUUUUGUUUAAAAAAACAAUCAUACUCUUAGUCUCAAGGUCUUCUUUUUAAGCUUAUGCUUUGUCAAUGAAGCAGAAACCAUUUGUUGGAUUGCACGCAUUUUAGGCAUCCUACAGAUGAACAGUUACAACAGUUAGAUAUUUGCAGGAGGAGCAAUCAGUUAUAGUUUGCUCCCUUUCAAAUUGUUAAUGAAAUUAUAGAAAACGUACUGGGUGUGUUUUUAUUAUAAACAAUGUGGAAACGUUAACAACAAGAAAAUAAUGCUAGAGAAACAGAAACUACAGGCAAGUGCUUCUGACUUUUCUCAAGACAUUUUAAUUUUUUUAGUGUAUUUAACAAUUUCCAAUUGAGUGCUUAUAACACAAACUAUGCAGAAAAAACAAGCUUGUUAAAUCGUUUUUAAAAUGGCCCAUAAAUUGUGCCUGUUUGUAGUUAUGACAUUAUUAUAUUACUAUAAGAUUAAUAUUGCUGGAGGUAAAAAGGUUCAUGUUUGUUAAUUUGUUUAUUCAUUCCUUUACUUUUUCACUCACAAAAAGUUACUUCACUGUCUUUCAGCUGAAAAGCAGAAAAAGUCUUCUAAAAAGCCAGAAAGUAAAAAAUCAAAACAAGUUUCCCCCAAAAAGGAAGCUGGUAUGCCAGGUGUACCAAGUCCAGGGCCAUCACAAAGUGUGCCUACAACUAAACCCAAACGUUAUUCUUCACAACGACAGCAGCGCACGACACAACAGAUGCCGGUUUCCAUGCAACAAGCAAUGAUGUCACAAAUGGGGGCCGUCUACCCUGAUCAAGCUUAUUUUGAGCAACUAGGUGAGUUACUUCUUUAUACAGUUUUAACUCCUUUCAACAAAUACGCAAACUGAGAAUACUUAGUGGUUGCUUAUGGAAGGUGGGCAUUUCAAGUUAGAGUUGAACCACAGGGGUUCUUUUCCAAGAAGAUGCUCAGACACAUCUACUUCAUGGAAGAUAAUUUAUUGCAUACAAUUUCCAAGUUGCAAUAUGUCUAGUACCAUGUUGUCGCUAAAAGUUAUUCUUAUACUCUAUGUAGCAUAGUAAAUACAGCUUACAUAGAGAUCAGACAAAGUGUCAAGUUGUUGCUUGCAAGAAGUUAAAAACAAUGGAAAGUUACUAAACCGUUAGCCCUGAAACAUUGUCGCAGUUCCUUACAAGAGGUGGUUGUUUACAGGAGGUGCGUUCCAACUAUUAAGUUUUGAGUGGGAAAUUUUGGUGUUUUUGAUAGGUGGUUGCUUACUGGGAGGUUGUCGCACAUGAAGGUUUGACUGUAAUCAGAAAUUUUGCACUUUGUAGAGAUGAAACAACAAAAUUAUUUUAUUUGAAAAAAAAAAAAAACUAAAUAAGUAAAUGAGGGAUUGUUAUGACAUCUUUUAAAACUCUCUUAUCUUUAGCAAAGCUCAGACUACUGUGACCUUCAGGCUUGUAAACUGAAUCAAAACUUUGCCCUUAGGAUAAGCCAGGUUUCGUAUUUUUAUCUUGCACUUUAAAGGCAAAGACUGAUAAUUAACACUUGUUUUUUCUAUUUUCUUCUUCACAGCCUAUCAAGGUUUAUAUGUUCCAGCAGGGACCCCUCCGGCACAGCCUGUCGGUGUCCAUGUUCUGCAGGAACAACCAGAUGUCAUGCUGAGACAGGACAUGGCUGUUACACCUGGUAAGGACCCACAAGGAACCUGAUCCCAUGGCCUGUUUCUUGAAAGUACCAUCACUUUACAGGCACAAGUCUCUUUCUAAAGCCAAAAUCCAAAGAAUUUUAGUGCAGCUUCUCACUCCCUAUCCAGUUUAUUUUGUUUUUCUAACUGAAAUUUGUAUUCCACUACUUACAAAUUUAAGCAACUUUCUGGACCUGGUAAUAUUAUUUCCAAGACCUUCUAAUAUGGACCCCAGGGGAGAAUCCCUUGAAACCAGUUAUUUUUGUUUCUAAGAAGUAGAAAUGGAUACUCUAGCAGUGGCACAUUUCAAUUUGUGUUGAGUAUGCGUCAGUGAAUUUUCCAAUGCCAGGGUGCAAGAUAGUCCAUUUUACAGCUUGCCAUUCGGGCAAGCUGUAGUUAGCAGGUACUAGCCCAAAAGUCAUUUUAACUAGCUGGAUGAUGAGCAGGGUUGAUAACAGUUCUUUUGUGAUUAGAAUUCCUUAAAAAAUUUCACUUGCCCAGCAGGCAAGUUAAGAACAGUAUUCACUAGCCCGAUAGUUAAAUCCACUAGCCCGGGCUAUCAGACACAACUUUCUUUGCAUGCUGAAUGCAGACAUCCUUUAGUCAUAGUCUUUUGCACUUGACACCUAACAGGCUACAACCUCAGACAAACGUUCAAGGCAGUUCCAUCUCUUGAGAAUCUAAUAAUAGUUACCAAUCCAAAUUUCAUUUGGAUUUUAAUUUCAUUGCCUGUGAUAAGAUGAAAGCUGACCUCUGUGUAAUCUUAUAGGAGACCGGCCUGAAUUGGCUGCCGGGAUGCCAAUGGCUAACCCCAGUCCGCAACCAAUGGGAGCUCUUCAGCAUGAAACCAUGAUGCAACAACAACUAGCUGCAGCAGCAGCAGCUGUGGCAGCUCAACAGAGUGUAACCCCUGAGGGUGUGGCUGCCCCCAGAGUUCCACAACCUGCUUUGAACCCUCAACAACAGCAAGUUUUAGCAGCACAUUUACAAAUGCAGGCUCAACAAGGUUUGUACAGUGUUAUGUGUCAUUAACCAAGGUUGGUUACCAUUUACAAAUUUAAAGUUUCUGGAAAAUGCCGUUAAAAAGUAAAUAAAACACGACUUUUUAGGUCGUUCCAUGGGAAAAUUUCCAGGAGCAAUGGAACGUGUGAAAAGGUAGUCCUUUUUUUUUCCAGAUGGAAUGUGCCAAACGGAAAUUUGUGUUCUAUUAAUUUUCCUCGAAGCAUAUUUGAUACUAUUUUGAGGCCUUCAUGGCCAUUUUCAGAUAAAUGGAACUGAUUUGUACAAAUGGUAGACAGGAUUCCAGGAUGAAAUUUACCAGUCCUGAAUUUUGCUUACCAUUCGCCCAAACCGAGAUUCGACAGAUUUGCCCAUGUAAUUUGGAAAACAACCCAAGUGUGAGGACGAGGUGGCUGGAUUCUGGCCAAGUUCUUUCUUGCAUAUUUAUGGACUGAGAUGAAGUAAAUACAAGGGCAAUAAUUGAUUAAUAAUUAAGUUUUAAAUAUAUUAUUAUUAAAACACAAAUAAGAACAAGGCCAAUAUCAAGUUAUCUUGCCGGAGCAAGCUUGCCAAUGGGAUUUAUCAUACGAUCAAAAAGGUAACUUUUUUGUGGACCAAUUCCGGUAAUGUGCGGCAGGUGCAAUGGGCCCAUUUUGCCCGCUCAGGUAGCCAAUCACAACACAGUAUUCACUUCAUCUUGCUUACUCGCCAUUUCAGCCAUGUAAUAAUAAUAAGUAUUGCUGACGUAUGUCAGUGAGACGCCACAUUUUAUCAUAUAUUGUAGGCAAGUGAAAGCUUCCUGAACUUCGUCACUAACGAAUGAGUUUGGGGAGAAGUGAGAGACCCAAAAACUACGGAUUAAUUGUUUUUUUCUUUAGGUAUACAAGCUGCUCAGCUAGGCCCAGUCCCCCAGCCCAACAUGGUGACAUCAGCUGGUUAUGUUCCCAAUUACACUGGGGUCCAGUCCUUUGCAGGCCAGCCCAUGAUGUAUAAUAAUUCACAGUGAGUCAAUUGCUAACAACUAGGUGUAGUCCCCUCGCUUGUACAUUUAGUACCUUUCUUGAAAUGUAAUGGUCUGUAGAGAACAGAACUAAGAUCUCUACUCAUAUCAUUCAAGUUAUUGGUUGUGCUUUUCCUUUCAGAUUUCCAAUGAUGAAUGUGGGGAUGAAUCCGUUCUUGGGUCAACAAGUGAGUUACGUCAACAAUUUAUCUUCUACUUUAUGUGUAUUACAUUUUCAAGUAAUAUCACAAAUAGAAUGUACCAUGUGGACAAAUCUUUUACCUGGUUUGAUAACAUGGUAGCACUAGCUAUGCUAGCAGAAUUUUGUUUCAAACUGUAGUCUAUUUCUUUCAUGUUCUUUGUGAAAUUUAGGAGCCUUGUAAUAUUUGAGUCCGGAUGAAUUCUUAUCGUGAUACCAUUUAAGUGAAAGUUAGUUGUACCUUAAGCGUAGUGGUCUUUUUUCAAAGUGUCAUGCACAAUAAAAUUCGAGCUUUAAUUUGAUUUUGAGUAUCCUUUUCCCCAUAGUAGGUUACAGUUGUUUUUAUGUCAAUGUCCUAAAAUUUAACCCCAAGUAAUGACCCUAGCCAAUCACAGUACACUUGGAAUUCAAAUGGACCAAUCAGGUGUAACCGUUAUGUAGCCGCUGCUUAGCGCUGAAAAACACGCGUAAGCAGGUCACAUGAUCCGUUUAAAUUUUACUUCUGGUUGGUGGAGACAGCCACGCAACGUGUUUCAGCUAAUCACAAGCGUAGCAAUGCAAAACCAAAACAGUUACAAAAUUGCUCUCCUCACUUAGUCGAAAAUCACACGUACUAACAGUGUCGUGUUUUUGUGCCUAGAUGUAUGGUAUGCCCAUGCAAGGGGGAGGUACAUUUUAUCCCCCACCAGCCGCGCUGAUGCAACAACAACAGCAACCCCAACAGUCGCAGGCUGAAUCAUCGCAACAACCACAUACAAGACGGCGGCCAACGGCUGCGAUACCCAUCAAACCACCGCAGGUGGGUCUUGAUUGA